AUUCUGCAGAAGCAAUCACAGUCAGCAUUCUGCUGUUUCUUGCACAACGCAAUUCCCAACAGCAGCAGCAGUGGACGAGGAGAGGUGGGGUUGUUGCUUUGUCAUCGGCUUUGGUGCAUUCAUUCAUUCAUUGACUUCCUCCAGCAGCCAUCACUGUUGUUUCACCAGCCACCACCGAUCCCCAGGCAGACAGCAACCCCCAACAAGCAAACCUGCAAGAAGCGAUUGUCAGCAAGCAAGUAACUUCCAAGAACGCAACCCCCCUUACCGCCGCCACCAUGUCUUCCCAACAGGGCCACAUCACCGUCGUCGGAAUGGACACUUCCGAGGCGAGCCAGAAUGCACUGCGUCACACCUUGAGCAAGGCGCGCGAGGGCGACACCGUCCACGUCCUCUACUGCUUCACUCCACUCAUGGACUUUGUGGGUCCUGAGUUUGUCAAGUCCCCUUCUCCUGAACAGCACGAGCAGUGGCGCUUGAAGGAGCAGAGCAACUUUGAGAACGCCAUCAAGCAGGUUGACCUCACGUCGCCAGCCAAGGUUGAGACGAGCAUGCUCGCCGGUGAUCCCCGUUCCAAGCUCCUGGAAUAUGCCAAGCGCACCAACGCCAACGAAGUGGUGGUGGGCAGCCACGGCAAGGGCUUCUUCAGCCGCAACGUGCUUGGCAGCGUGAGCUCGUACCUGAGCCACCACUCGGACAUCCCGCUGACAAUUGUCCCGUGGAAGCGGUCUGCAGACCACCCUGCCCAGCAGCAGCAGCAGCAGGCCGCAGAGGCCAAGAAGUGAUGGCACCAACACGUGUCACCUUGACCAGCUUUCUCCUUUGCGGUGCUGAUGGGACGACGCCCACGUUACAGAUGUGAUGUUUUGCAGCGACCACGCGUGCGUUGUGUUUGAGUUUCUGCCACAACUCUUCUCCUCUCUCUUCUUCGUAUGUGUAUGUGUGUGUGUGAGAUGUGUGCAUGUGUGUGUGUGUGUGUGCGAGAUGUGCUGUUUGAUUUGAGUGCACAGCGGCCAUCAAUAUAAACGACGAACACCACCCAG